CGCGGUCGAACAACCUUGCGCGCCCCUAGUGUCCGCCUGAAAACACCAAACGGGAGAGCUUGUCGUCACAGCACCUAAUACUCUGUUUCAAGAUGGAUCUCAUCCACAUGACUGAUGAAGAGCUUAUUAACGAGCCCUUCAAUCCUUGCUACACAGUUGUGCCAACGAAGCCGGCGAUCGUCAACCAAGAUAACCACUAUGAGCGCGUAGCCUUUCUGGAACGGCCGCUGCUUGGUCCACUGCUUUUCGUCAACAACGCUUCCGAUGCCAGAGAUCACUGCGCGAACGAGAGAACUUUCCUAUCUUGGCUUCGUCUUGCGACCUAUAUGGCCAUCGUGUCUGUAGCAAUCGUCAUAUCAUUCCAUCUCAAACAUCAGCCCAGUGACCUCGAGAGACGGUUGGCUUUGCCUUUUGGGCUUAUUUUUUGGGUCCUCUCACUUGCAUGUUUGGUUUCUGGUCUGGCAAACUACAUCAACACUGUUACAAACUACAGCCGAAGAGCAGCACUGGUUCAGUCAGGAUGGAAGACGCAAAUUGUUUUUACUGUUGUUGCAACUGCCAUUGUUGCAGCAUGCAUUCUAUUUCUCUCCACUGGUGCUGGUAAGUAGAUCAGGCUAAUGGGCCAUCUUGGUCCAGUGGAGCCCCAAAUCGCAUACUCCCCAUCCCUCUGUGCCUUUUUCGAACCGCCAGCGCCAUCAGUACAAUUGUUGCAUCCCCGAACUCGGAAUCAAGAAAAUUCAAGAACUGCCCAAGUAGUGUCAUCGACGGUGGUGUAAAUCACACCCGAAUUCAGCAAGUUG